AUGGCGGCGUUCCAAGAAAAAACAGAAGCGUUCAGCCGCGAAAAGUUAGAGGCUGUAAAAAAGCGAUAUACCGAGGAGGCAAACAAACGUCUUAAUGCCGAGCGACUUACGCAUUUUAUUCAAUUGACGCAAACAGACGAGAAACGUCUGCGUGAGCUUGUGGAAGAUCCAUGGGCCGAUCACGACGAAUUGAACAGAAAGGAGUCCCCAAUCAAAGAAAACGGCGUUUAUAAGCACUUUGUCCUCGGGGCUGGUUUCGGAGGCAUCCAAUACGCCGUCCGUCUUAUUGAAGACGGGUUAGCCACCGCUGAUGAAAUUCGACUUUUGGACGCUGCGGGCGGGUUUGGCGGCACUUGGUAUUGGAAUCGCUUCCCUGGCCUGCACUGUGAUGUGGAGAGUUAUGUUUAUCUGCCUUUACUCGAAGAAACUGGCUAUGUUCCGACAAAAAAGUACGCCCCUGGCCAGGAAAUUCGUGAACAUGCAGAACACAUUGCUGCAAAGUGGAAUCUCGAGGAUAAGACGCUAUUCCGAACCGAUGUCGAAGAGAUCGCGUGGAACGAUCAGACCGAGUACUGGACUAUUAAAGUCACUCAAAACCGCGGUCCAUCUGAGCCCGCAGUGAAACUCAACUUUCAUGCUCAUUAUGUUUAUCUUGCGGCUGGAGUCUUGACCAAACCUCAAAUUCCUGACAUCCCCGGGGUACUUUCCUUUUCCGGAUCAAUGUUCCACACUGCACGGUGGAACUAUUCAGCAACUGGGGGAUCCCAGAAAGACCAGAGACUGACCAAAUUGAAUGGAAAGAAAGUCGCUGUUGUUGGUACUGCGGCAACGGCUAUCGGGGUAAUUCCCGAGGUCGCCAAGUAUGCAGCUGAGCUUUAUGUGAUUCAACGCACACCAGCAUAUGUCAAACGUCGAGACCAGCGUCCGACUGAUCUGAGUGGAUUUAAGACUCAAGUGUCACGAAAGAAGGGAUGGCAGUAUGAGCGCCAAAUAAAUCUCAACAAAUUUCUCACGAAUUCUGCGGCACCAGGGGAGGAGAAUUUGGUCGGGGAUGGCUGGACCGAUAUGCCUGCGUAUUCGGCUGUUCUUGGAUCUCCCGGCCAUGGGCUCGAGGAUGCGUCGCCUGAAGCCUUGGCUGCGCAUGUAGACAAAUUCCAUGCUCUGGAUUUGCCGCAUAUGGAGGCCAUUCGUGACCGAGUUGCAGAUACUGUCAAGGAUCCACAGACGGCUGAAAAGCUUAAGCCUUGGUUCCCAUCGUGGUGCAAACGACCAACUUUCAGUGAUACCUAUCUCGAGACCUUUAAUCGACAAAACGUUCAUUUGGUUGAUACCGAUGGCAAAGGUCCUUCGAAGAUAACAAAGAGUGGUAUUGUUGUAGGCGAGCAAGAGUAUCCGGUUGACGUCAUUAUCUUUGGCACUGGAUAUCAAUCACCUAGCUCUGGUCUUGGAAAUCCUGCAGCUCGAACCAAUGUCAAGAUUUAUGGUCGCGGUGGCGAAUCGUUGAGCGACAAGUGGCUGUCCAAGGGAGCUGCAACCUUUCACGGCUAUGCAACCUAUGGAUUCCCAAAUCUAUUUUUCACGGGGAUGAACCAGGCCACCAUAACAGGAAAUAAUGUCUUCAUGCUUGGGUUGAUUGCAGGACAUGUGGCUUAUUCCAUUUCUCAGGCCGAGCGUCGAGUGGGACCAAACAAGCGGGCUAUUGUCGAGGCAACAAAGGAGGCAGAAGAAUUUCACACUUCGGAGGUCCUGAGACGAGCUGCAUUUUAUGCACCUUCGGCUGGGUGCACACCCGGAUAUUUCAAUGGCUAUGGCGAAGGGAGCAGAAUCACCGAUGCCGAUGAGAAAUUGAAGCGGGCGAGAGGGGUCCCCAUGGUCUGA